AUGCGAGGUUCCAUGAUGAAUUCGUCUAGUCGUCUAGUGCUUGUACUUGUGGUAUGUGCUGUGCUGUCCGCCUCCAAUGAUGUCGUUAGAAGUGCCGACAUCUGUCACCUUCCAAAGGACCCCGGCCCCUGUGAUGAUAACCUCUCCAGAUUCUACUACAACCCGUUCACCAGGACGUGCAAUCACUUCUAUUUUGGAGGCUGCAGAGGAAACGCCAACAACUUUCUCACAAGAAGAAAAUGCAUGAAAUGGUGCUACCCCGACUAAGCGCUGUAAAUCUGGAACACACACCAAAAAAAGAAGAACCACCAAAAACAAAAAACAAAAAUCAAAACAAACAAACAUAAAAUUGAGAACGUCGAUGUUAAAUACCUUUAGAAAUAAUAUAUUUGUUAUGGUUA